AUGGUUUUAUUUGAUUUGAUGAUGUUGUCGUUACUUGAAGUUAAAAGCAAAUUUGGUGCUGAAUUUCGUCGAUUCGAAUUAGACAGAAAGAAUCCAAUAAAAUUUGAUGAUUUUCAUAAAUUAAUUGAAGAUUUGCAUGGUUUACAAAAUAUUGCAUUUCAUAUAACGUAUCUUGAUAAAGAUGGCGAAUUGCUUUCGAUUAAUAAUGAUACUAUUAUUGAACACAUGUUACGUGUUUAUUCAGGUCUAUUAAGAAUAUUCGUACAACGAAAAGGCGAAUCAUAUCAAUAUGCAACAGACUCGUUGAAAAAACGGAAAAAAAUUUCUGAUCAAAUAUCAUCAUUGAUUCAUCCAUCAUCAGAUAAAAAUACUCAUUCACCUCAACGCAACAUUGAAGUUCAACCAGAUUUUCGUCUUGUAUCAUCAAUAAUUGAUGUUGAAAUAUUACCUGUUUCAUAUCGCCGUGUUAAAUUGCAUCGUUAUAAAGAGAGUAAACCACUUGGAUUCUAUAUUCGUGAUGGUGUAGCAAUAAAAUAUGGUCCGAAUGGGGUUGAGAAUGUUCCCGGUGUAUUUAUAUCACGUCUAUUAGCUGGUGGUUUAGCUGAAUCAACUGGUUUAUUAUCCGUUGGAGAUGAAAUAAUUGAAGUCAACGGUAUUGAAGUUAGCGGUAAAACAUUAGAUCAAGUUACGGAUAUGAUGGUAGCCAAUAGUCAUAAUUUAAUCAUAACUGUUCGACCACAAAAUGAUACAUUUAAUCUGAAACGUACUAUGUCAUCAGCAUCGUCAACAAGAAGUCAAUUACUAUCGAAAAAUACAAACAAUAUAAGUAAUAGUACAAAUCAAAGUGGAGGUUUAAGUGACGAUGAUGAUGAUGAUUUAUCUCGUUCACAUGAUAUACAUAUGGACUCUUAUUUACAAAAAGCACCAUCCGUGUUAAAAUUGUGA